UGAUAGUUAAUGUAAAUAUGUUUCCUCAAUGAAAAUUAAAUGCCGGAUCAUACUAGUUUACUAUUAAAGAAAGCUACAGUGCCUUUUGGGAACUAUUGCUCAGGCUGAUCGUAAAGACAUAUUCAAGAAAUAAAUUUUCACAUUAAGUUACUCAUUGUAUGGAAACAUUUUUCUUUCGUCAGUAGGAACUUAUUUGAAAAAAAGAUGCCUCUGAGAAUAGUGACACGAGAGGAAUGGUCCACAAACCCCACCAUCAACUGCCAAGAAUAUCUCAAGAUGUGCAACAAGGUGUUCAUCCAAAACGCAUUCACAACACCUUGUCUAAACCAGGAACGGUGCCAAGGGAGAGUAAGAGAACUUCAGCAAAUGCAUGCAUCCAACUUACUCUAUCAGGACAUCACGUUCAAUUUCAUGGUAGGGGAGGAUGGUAACGUAUACGAGGGUCGCGGCUGGACAAUUCCUCCUUGCUUACCGAGGAGAUUCAACAAGUUGAGAUUUCAAAGUAUGCUCAUCGGCUUCAUGGGUGAUUAUACAGCUGAGACGAUGCCAACCCAAAUUGACGAGGCGACUUCUGACCUGAUCAAAUUUGGGGUCAAAGCAGGUCAUAUAGCGGUCGACUACCAAUAUUACGACAUCAUGUACCCACAAUCCGUAGCUGAAAGAGAAGAAAGAAAAUAUUAUAAUGUGUACAGAGAACCUGAACUACAUGAAGAACAAGAUUACGCGUAGCUUGUUCUUAUUUAUUUAUUUUUAUUUUAUUAUUUUAUGACUAAUUUAUUAAAGUG